UUGGUACACCAACUGAGCUCGAAUGAUCUGAUAAGUCCUUCUAGGUAAAUGAUAGUCUAGUAAAACAAAACAAAAAAGGACUUGAUAGAAAACGCCUCCAAAUAUGUUUAAUCAAUUUCUCUGCAACCUCAGUUGUACUUCUUAAGAUCAUCAUCAAAACUUCGUUGCUUCACUGAACACUGUUUGUCAAACAAACCUUCAAAAAACAAAAAAGUUUUCGUUAUCCAUGUCGCUGAACUGCCCUCAUGAAGCUGAAAACAACGCUGAAGUUGAAAACAACACAACUGUUAACUUCCCAUUGCGAGAGAUACCGGGUAGUUAUGGAAAACCUUUCUUUGGUCCCUUACUGGACAGGCUCAAGUAUUUCCACUUCCAAGGUAAAGAAAAAUACUUCGCGUCUCGUGUUAAGAAAUAUCAAUCCACUGUUUUUCGAGCCAAUAUGCCACCAGGUCCCUUCAUUUCAUCAGACUCUAAGGUGGUUGUCCUUCUUGAUGCAAAGAGCUUCCCUAUCCUUUUCGAUGUUACUAAGGUCGAGAAGAAAGAUGUUUUUACUGGUACUUAUGUGCCUUCCACAAAACUAACUGGUGGUUACAGAGUCCUUGCAUAUCUCGACCCGUCUGAACCUAAUCAUUGCAAGCUUAAACAGCUACUUUUCUUCCUCUUUCAUUCACGUCGCGAAUUUAUCAUUCCAGAGUUCAGAACAAGCUUGUGUGAGAUGUUUGAUACUCUUGAACGUAAGGUUGCUACAAAAGGUAAAGCUCGUUUUGAUGGCCUGAAUGAUAAGGCAUGUUUUAACUUUGUGUGUCGAUCCUUUUUCUCGACAAACCCUGCCGACACGAAGCUCGGUAUAAGAGGAGUACCCACCAAAAUCCUUGUAUGGAUUCUUUUCCAGAUCAGUCCCAUUGCUUCUACAGGUUUACCUUGUUUUCUCGAGGAGCCUCUCUUCCACACCUGCCUUUUGCCUCCGUGUUUGAUGAAGCAAAACUAUAAGAAGCUAUAUGAUUUCUUCUACACGUAUUCUGGUUGGAUUCUUGAUGAGGCAGAAAAAAUGGGAAUCGAAAGAGAAGAAGCUUGCCAUAACCUUCUUUUUGCUGCAUGCUUUAAUGCUUUCGGUGCAAUGAGGAUCUUUUUUCCUAUCCUCAUAAAAUGGAUUGGCUGCUCAGGCGUAAAGGUACACAAGCAGUUAGCAGAUGAGAUAAGGUCAGCAGUAGCAUGCCAUGGAGGAAAUGUUACGGUGAAAGCAAUUGAGGAGAUGCCAUUGUUGAAGUCCGCUGUCUAUGAAGCUUUAAGGAUAGAACCACCUGUGCCGUUCCAGUAUGCUACAGCGAAGAAAGAUUUGGUGAUAGAGAGCCAUGAAUCAACGUUCGAAGUUAAACAGGGGGAGCUGUUGCUCGGGUAUCAACCAUUUGCAACCAAGGAUCCUAAAGUGUUUGAUAGAGCUGAAGAUUUUGUAGCUGACCGGUUUGUGGGAGUUGAGGGAGAGAAGCUGUUGAAGUAUGUAGUGUGGUCUAACGGACCUGAAACUGAAAAUACAACGGUUGAAAACAAACAAUGUGCAGCAAAGGAUAUCGUGGUGUUGGUCGCAAGGCUUUUGUUGGUGGAGUUAUUUCUCCGCUACGAUACAUUUGAGGUUAAAAUACAUACUUCACCAUUAUUUCCGUUAGUGACAUUCACUUCUGUUACGAAAUCCUAUGAUCUGAGUUUAGAGAAGCAAAUGCAAUAGAUCUUGCACUUCAGGAAACUUCCUGGGGGGUUCUCUGUUCGGUUGGACCAUUACUGACACAAGUUAUAGUAGAGAUUUUAUAUUUCUAUGUAAUUGCUUUCCAAUGUUGUUCAGUUUAAUUACUUAUUCUGUAUAAUUAGUUUUCCUUGUGGAUAUUCAAUAUCCUUUGUAUAAUUCUAUUUGAUUUCAAGUUUAUGUUUUUGAAUA